CCUUUUCUAAGUUUAGGCCAGACCCGAGCCGAGGGGUUUUAAGCUCGAUAGUCGAUACGAGUUGUACAGAACGCAAAAAUGGCCGUGCACCGCAAUGGUCUAAUAGACGGGGAAGAUAACGAAGAAGAAAAUGCUCUCUUCGAGGAGGACGCCCUUGAUACCGAUACUCCUCCUCACCUCCGGGACCUUGCCCUCGCUGCUCAAGUCGGUGAUGUCGACGCCCUUCGCCGAGCUCUAGAUAACUUGAAUGGAAGCAUCGAUGAACCUGUAGAGGAUGGGGACACAGCUCUUCAUCUGGUCUGUCUCUAUGGUUAUUUACCCUGUGUCCAGGUAAGUCGACCUGUGCUACUUCUGGAAAGGGGAGCAAACUUGGAGGCUAAGGAUGAGGAUGGGGCAAUACCUUUGCAUGAUGCUUGUGCAGGAGGUUUUACUGAGAUAGUCCAAUUGCUGUUGAACAGUGCUAAUAGUACGGAAUGUGUUAGAAGGAUGCUAGAAACAGUUGAUGCUGAGGGUGAUACUCCUCUUCACCACGCAGCAAGAGGUGAGCAUGCAGAUGUUAUAAGAUUGCUGCUGGCUUCUGGUGCUUCUGCUACAAAAACGAACGCAUAUGGAAAGAAGCCAAGCGAGUUACCAGAUCCAGACACGGAAGCUAGGAGAAUUUUGGAAUCUGCUGCUAUUGCUGUUUCAUGUCAGUAGGCUCUGACCAUACUUGGAUAAAAGAGCAGGCUUUAUCUUAUCAUUGUUGGGAGCCACUUUGUUUUCACUACCGCUGGUGAUUUUGUGGUUAUCUCUAGUUACGCAGCAUUGUGGAAACAAAAUGUUUUUCUGGAGGAUUCUUAAAUAGAAACAGAGAAUGAGGAUAUAAUCCUGUUAUUAUUGUUAUCCAGUUUUAGCUGAAGGAGAAGAAAACACUUCUCAUUUAGUUAUGUUUAAUGCUGCUGGGAGUAUACAUAUGGGCGUUGUGGGUUAAAAUCCUGUUAUUUUCUUUGAUAAUUUGAAGUGGAGACAUUGGAGUUAUUUA